AUGAAGCUCAAUACUCUCGCCUUUACUUUCGCUUUACUUGCUGCAAAUAUCUUGGGAGCUCCUCUCGAUGUUAAGCGCGAGCCAGAGGUUGCAGAUGACACCUUUUCCGGAGCCACCUGGUUCAAGCGUGAAGUUGCAGAUGAAUCUUUGGCUGUCGCUUGGUUGAAGCGUGAUGUUUCAGAUGAUACCUUUGCCGGUGGCUCUUGGUUCAAGCGUGAGGUUGCAGAUGACGACUUUGCCGGCGAAGUUUGGUUGAAGCGUGAUAUUGCGGAUGAAGACGUUGCUGGGGGUGUCUGGUUGAAGCGUGGAGUUGCAGAUGAAGACGUUGCUGGUGGUGUUUGGUUGAAGCGUGAGGUUGCAGAUGAAUCUUUGGCUGCCGCUUGGUUGAAGCGUGAAGUUGCAGAUGAAGACGUUGCUGGUGGUGUUUGGUUGAAGCGUGAAGUGUUUCUCCCUGGAGCUGCUGCCAUGGUCAAAAGCAAAUGA